AUGUACUCUGCACUCCGACGCAUCGCAUCCGCUUUCCCGCUAAAAAAGGCCCUGGCGUAUGGCUUGAACACAGCUCGUCGGCGAGCGGUGGUCUUGCGGCCCGUCCACAGGCAGUUCAAUACCUUUCUGACAUCCCGCAGCCUCCGGUUGAACCGUCGCACUGCCUCGUCCCUGGCUGCACUACGACGCAUUCACAUACGCGCCAUUUCCUACACGUCCAUUCCGAGAUUCGUGCUCAGGGCGUUCCGUGUACCGAUUGCCGCAGGCGCAGUAGGUGCAGGGGGAUUCACGUAUGCUAAUUACCGAUUCGAGGAGUUCCGCAAGAAGUCAGAGGACUGGAUCUCAUCUGUACAGGACACUGCUUCAGACAUCAUAGACUCUGCCUCGGAAGCAGUCAAGUCCGUCUCGUCGCGUGUCUCUGACGUGAAGCUGCCCACUUUUACAGCUCCCCAGUUCUUGAAGGCCUUCAUCUCGUCUCUGGAGCACAGAGGACAGCGGAGUGACGGAGAUCAUGAUGGCGGCAGUUCUAGUGGUUCAGGGAGGGGACAGCCAGAUGGGGACGAAGCUGCAGCUCUGGCCAUGAUGAUGGCGGCUGCGACAUUGUCUCCUUCAGACUCGACUGCGAUAGACGGCAACGGGUUGACCGCAGAUGCACGUCAAAACGGCCUGAUGCAUUUGACGAGGAAGCUCAUCGAAAUCAGGACCAUGUUGCUCAGCAUAGAUCAGAGUGAUGCGCUUAAAUUACCUAGCAUCGUCGUCAUCGGGAGUCAAAGCUCCGGGAAGAGUUCAGUGCUUGAAGCCAUCGUUGGACACGAAUUCUUACCAAAGGGCAACAACAUGGUGACACGUCGACCUAUCGAGCUUACGUUGAUCAAUACUCCCGCAGUGAACGGAAAGGAGCCAGAGGAGUAUGGCGAAUUCCCUGGCCUCGGCCUUGGAAAGAUUUCGGACUUCUCAAAUAUUCAACGUACCCUUACUGACCUCAACCUCGCCGUGCCUGCUUCCGACGCUGUUUCCAACGAACCCAUUGACCUUCGAAUAUACAGUUCCCGCGUGCCCGAUCUUACUCUCAUUGACCUGCCUGGUUAUAUUCAGAUCGCUUCCUUGGACCAGCCAGAUUCACUGAAGGAGAAGAUCGCAGGCCUCUGCGAGAAAUACAUUCGGGAGCCCAACAUCAUCCUUGCCGUGUGUGCCGCCGACGUCGAUCUUGCAAACUCACCAGCGCUGCGAGCAAGCCGGAAGGUCGACCCUCUCGGCCUGCGGACCAUCGGUGUGGUGACGAAGAUGGAUCUCGUGCCGCCGGAUCAGGGAGCCUCAGUGCUAUCGGGGAACCGGUACCCGCUACAUCUUGGUUAUGUCGGCGUGGUCUGCAAGCCAUCGGCAAAGCAGCGGCGGGCCGAUUCGACAGCACUCGUCGUGCACCGGACCGAGAGUGAAUAUUUCCACAUGCACCGCGAACAAUUCGGAAGCUCGUCCUCGCUGAUGGUUGGCACCGACACGCUGCGGCGAAGGCUGAUGGAGGUGCUCGAGUCCUCCAUGGCGUCGUCGCUGCACGGGAUCACGAACGCGGUGCAACUCGAGCUUGAGGAGGCGCAGUACCAAUUCAAGGUGCAGUACAACGAUCGGCGGAUCACCGCCGAGUCGUAUGUCGCGGAGACGAUAGACGCGCUCAAAGCGCGCUUCAAGGGGUUCACCACUCAGUUCCGCAGGCCGCACGUGCGCGCGCGUCUCAAGGCGAUGCUGGACGAGAAGGUGCUCAAUGUGCUCGAGCAGUUGUACUGGUCCGACAAGCGCGCGGCGGAGCUCAGCGCGCUCGCCGUGGACGCGCGGGUGCGCCCAGAAGACGUAGAGCCGUACUGGCGGUACAAGCUCGACGCGGCGUCGUCGCUCCUCACCAAGUCCGGCGUCGGGCGCGACGCGACGCUGCUAGUCGCGGAUGGGCUGCGCGCGCUGAUUGAUUCUAUCGCGGCGGGCGAGCCAUUUACGUAUCACCCUCGCGCAGCGGAGCGCCUCAUCCAGUUCUCGCACCAGAUCUUGCGCGACCGCAUCGGCAUCACGUCAGACCAGGUCGAGAACUGCAUCAAGCCGUACAAGUACGAGGUCGAUGUCGACGAGCGCGAGUGGGAGACAGGCCGCACGCAGGCGGUGGAACUCUUCGACCGCGAGAUGAAGAUGUGCGAGGGCAAGCUGGUUGAGAUCAGGAAGAAGGUUGGCGGGAGCCGCAGGCUCAGCAGCCUCGUAUCGUACGUGCAGAGCUUGGAGGAGAAGGAGCGCGAGAAGAAGCAGCGGCGGUUGACCGCGACGGAAGAGGAGAGCGCAGGAGCGAGCAGCGAAACCAACGGCGACGACUACCGGUACCCUCCCGCGCAGAUCCUCGACGCACGGACCGCGAUGCUCUGCAGCGACCGCAUCAGCAUCCUCAAGCUGCGUCUCGGCGCGCUGAAGUCCAAACGGUGCAAGGCGGGACCGCAGAACGACGUGCUCUGCCCCGAGAUCUUCCUCAACGCCGUCGCGGACAAACUCGCUUACACCUCCGCAAUGUUCAUUAACAUCGAGCUGCUCGACCACUUUUUCUACCAGUUUCCCCGCGAGAUCGACUCGCGGCUGCUGUACGACCUCGACCGCCGGGAGAUCGUCGAGUUCGCGCGUGAGAACCCGGUCGUCCGGCGGCAUCUCGACCUCCAGGAGCGGAAAGACAAGCUCGAGGAGGUUAUGAAGCAGCUCAACAGCCUCGCGACGCUCCGGCCGGACGUGCAGCAGGCACCACGGCGGCAGCGGGGGCUCUUCGGGGGGAUGUUCACUUGA